AAUGUGUACUAUGAAAGGGUAGCCAAGUUGGAAAGCAAGUUGGUAAAGACCUCCAAUUUUGACACUUCCACCUCCCAAGUUCUGCCACCUACUAUAUAACCACCUCAAACUCAUUACACAUUUCGCUCACUCUCUUCAAUAUUGAAAGCUAUGGUUUCCUUUCACAAAGCUUUGGCAGAGAUCCCAAUAACAGAAGUUCCACCAGAAUUUGAAGCUCCACCAAAGAAGAGAAAGUGGGAAGGGGAGACACUCACUGAAGAAUUCUUCAUGCAUGAUCCAACAGAUGAGAAGAGAAAAUCCAUCUUUGAUAUAGAGCUACAUCUUGAGACACCAUUGCCUUCACAUAAAUUGCAACAAUACCUCACUAUUCAGUCAAGGCAGAUACACUUGUGCAACACAGGGAUGACUAUGAUGAAAACACAGGACUUUGAGAGAAACUCUGACCCUAAAGUGCCAUCACUUGGCCAAAUGAGUCUAGACCUUGAGCUGUCACUGAAGAAAAAGGAAGAUGGUUAUGACACAGAUGAGAAGAAGAAUCAUGGUUCCACAGGGAGUGCUUUUGGAGAACGUGAUUUGAUGAUUGAAUCGAGCAACAAGUGUAAAAAGGAUGAUUCGUGUGUUUUAACUCGAUCUCCACAAUGGUGGCUAUCAUCAGAGGGAGAUGAUCACAAAGAGAUGAUUACAACGGUUUGUAUGAGGUGUCACAUGUUGGUAAUGUUGUGCAAGUCUUCCCCAGCUUGUCCUAAUUGCAAAUUCAUGCACCCACCUGAUCAGAACCCUUCAAAAUUCUUGAAGAGGAAGAAGGUCCAGCCUCUCUUGUGCUAAUUAACUAGGAAUGCACGUGGUGCAGAUACACGGUUUAAUUGAAAAUUCUCAGGUGUAUGUAGCACAUGGUCCAAGCUUGUAUUAUCUGUUUAAUUACCCCUUGAAUAUAUGGUCCAAGUUUCUUUAUAGUUUAGUUGUGUUCAUUAAAAACAAGGGGUACGGUGGUAAUUAACCUACUUCUACGUAGUGGUGAAUUUAACUGUUAGGAUGAGUAAUGGGUGAUUCAUGAGAAACUAACCUAAUGUUAUCAUAAUCAUAUCUAUGUACAUAUAUAUAAGUGUUAAUGAUCAUCUUAAAUUUAUGUA